AUGGCCAGUGCAGUGAUGACCCCCGAGAAGGAGCUGAGGGCUAUAACAGUUCAUCAGAGAGUACACACAGGAGAGAAGCCUUACUCCUGCUCUGACUGUGGAAAUAGUUUCUCUCGACGGGGCGACCUAAAAACACACGAACGUAUACAUACAGGAGAGAAGCCUUACUCCUGCUCUAAUUGUGUAAAAUGCUACACAACAUCAGGUGAGCUAAAAGUUCAUCAGAGAACACACACAGGAGAGAAGCCAUACUCCUGCUCUGACUGUAGGGCGAGGUUCUCUCAACUGAGUCACCUAAAACAGCAUGAACGUACACACACAGGAGAGAAGCCUUACUCCUGCUCUGACUGUGUAAAAUGCUUCACAACAUCAGGUGAGCUAAAAGUUCAUCAGAGAACACACACAGGAGAGAAGCCUUACUUCUGCUCUGACUGUAGGGCGAGUUUCUCUCAACUGGGAAACUUAAAACAACAUGAACGUGUACACACAGGAGAGAAGCCUUACUGCUGCUCUGAUUGUGGAAAGAGUUUUUCUCGACGGGGCCACUUUAAAACACAUGAGCAUAUACAUACAGGAGAUAAGCCUUACUCCUCCUCUGAAUGUGGAAAAAGUUUUUCUCGACUGGGCGAUCUAAAAAUACAUGAACGUAUACAUACAGGAGAGAAGCCUUACUCCUGCUUUAAUUGUGUAAAAUGCUUCACAACAUCAGGCGAGCUAAAAGUUCAUCAGAGAACACACACAGGAGAGAAGCCAUACUCCUGCUCUGACUGUAGGGCGAGUUUCUCUCAACUGAGCCACCUAAAACAGCAUGAACGUAUACACACAGGAGAGAAGCCUUACUCCUGCUCUGACUGUAGGAAGAGUUUCUCUCAAUCGAGCCACCUAAAACAGCAUGAACGUAUACACACAGGAGAGAAGUCGUACUCCUGCUCUGAUUGUGGAAAAUGCUUCACAACAUCAUCUGAGCUUAAAGUUCAUCAGAGAACACACACAGGAGAGAAGCCUUACUCCUGCUCUGACUGUGGGGUGAGUUUCUCUCAACUGGGAAACUUAAAACAACACGAACGUAUACACACAGGAGAGAAGCCUUACUCCUGCUCUGACUGUGGGGUGAGUUUCUCGCAACCGUGCAACCUAAAAAAUCAUAAACGUAUACACACAGGAGAGAAGCCUUACUCCUGCUCUGACUGUAGAAAGAGUUUCUCUCAACUGGGCCACUUAAAAAGACACCAAGUUAUACAUAAAGGACAGUAGCCUUACUAUUGCACUGACUGUGGAAACGGUUUUAAAUCAUCAGCUGAACUAAACGUCAUCAGAGAACACACACGGGAGAGAAGCCUUUCUUCUGCUCUGACUGUGCAAGAGCUUCUCCCGAUUGGGCAAUGUAAAAACACACCAACGGCUACACACUUGAGAGUAGCCUCAUCAGUUCUCUCAGACCAGCUGAGAUUAGUCACUCCACUUAAUUCUUCUCAUAAAAUAAUUGGCAACGUUGAAUUGGAUCAAAUGAAGAACGUGUAGACCACUUUUAGUCCUAUUGUUUCUCACUGUGAGAGAACAAUGCAGAGAACAGUGAGCGUUAUGGAAUGAUCAGUGUGCAUCUUGUCAGUUUUGCUGUGUUCUUUUUAGCUUCUACUGUUUUUUUCUUCACAUUUUCAAACAGCCAUUUACAUUUUCAAAUACAGGUAGCCUAGUCAAAUACUU